CCGUCAUAUCCUUUGGAGGGCGGAAGUCCCUCCUAGUGGACCGGGAAGUGGGAGUAGACUGAGAUUGGGGUUGUGGGCGAUGGGGAUCGGUGAGACGGGGCUGCUGGUGAAAGCCGGUAGUGUGAAGGCACCCCCGCGGUAGGCCCGACUCAGCGUGGCCUGGGCAGCGGACUCUGAAACUCAGAGAGAUGGAGGGGUCGAAGUCAUCAAGCAGCACCAUGCAAGUGAGCUUCGUUUGCCAGCGCUGCAGCCAACCCCUGAAACUGGACACGUCCUUCAAGAUCCUAGACCAGGUCACCAUCCGGGAGCUCACAGCUCCACUACUCACCACAGCUCAGACAAAGCCUGGAGAAACCCAGGAGGAAGAAACUAACUCAGGAGAGGAGCCAUUUGCUGAAACUCGGCAGGAUGGUGUCUCCCGCAGAUACAUCCCCCCAGCCAGGAUGAUGUCCACGGAAAGUGCCAACAGCUUCACUCUGAUUGGGGAGGCAUCCGAUGGAGGUACCAUGGAGAAUCUCAGCCGAAGACUGAAGGUCACUGGAGACCUUUUUGAUAUCAUGUCAGGUCAGACAGAUGUGGAUCACCCUUUGUGUGAGGAAUGUACAGAUACUUUGUUGGAUCAGCUGGACACCCAGCUCAACAUCACAGAAAAUGAAUGUCAGAACUACAAACGCUGUUUGGAGAUCUUGGAGCAAAUGAAUGAAGAUGAUGAGGAGAAGUUGAAGAUGGAAUUAAAGGAGCUGGCACUUGAGGAAGAAAGGCUGAUCCAGGAACUGGAAGAUGUAGAAAAGAACCGCAAAAUUGUGGCAGAAGAUCUUGAGAAAGUCCAGGCAGAGACUGAGCGGCUAGAUCAGGAGGAAGCUCAAUACCAGAGGGAAUAUAGUGAGUUUAAACGACAACAGUUGGAGCUAGAUGAUGAGCUAAAGAGUGUGGACAACCAGAUGCGUUAUGCCCAGAUCCAACUGGACAAGCUGAAGAAAACAAAUGUUUUUAACGCAACAUUCCACAUCUGGCACAGUGGACAGUUUGGCACAAUUAAUAACUUUAGGCUGGGGCGGCUUCCUAGUGUCCCUGUGGAAUGGAAUGAGAUCAACGCUGCAUGGGGGCAGACAGUAUUGCUGCUCCAUGCCCUAGCCAAUAAAAUGGGCCUGAAAUUUCAGAGAUAUCGCCUUGUUCCUUAUGGAAAUCAUUCAUAUUUGGAGUCCCUCACAGACAAAUCCAAGGAGCUGCCAUUAUACUGUUCUGGGGGAUUGCGGUUUUUCUGGGACAACAAGUUUGACCAUGCAAUGGUGGCUUUCCUGGAUUGUGUGCAGCAGUUCAAAGAAGAAGUGGAGAAGGGAGAGACACGUUUCUGUCUGCCGUACAGGAUGGAUGUGGAGAAAGGUAAGAUUGAAGACACAGGAGGUAGUGGUGGCUCCUAUUCCAUCAAAACCCAGUUCAACUCUGAGGAGCAGUGGACAAAGGCACUCAAGUUUAUGCUGACAAAUCUGAAGUGGGGACUUGCUUGGGUGUCCUCACAAUUUUAUAACAAAUGACAUUUCUUUUUUUCUCCAUGAGGAUGAGGGAAUCUUUUGCCUUAAUGGCUUUAGAACAUAUUUUGUUUGCAGAAAUGUUAUAAAUUAAGUCCAUUUAAUAUUAAACAGUACAUGUUUACAGUACCAAAAAAGAAAAUCCACAAAGCCACUUUAUUUUAAAAGAAUAACAUUCUGUUGUAAGUAGUGUUCAGAGCAGUAACAUAACAUAUUUAACUCUACCAGCCCAUUUCACAACUUUAUACUCUUCGUUAAAACAGAAAAUAAGGUUGCUUUUUUUUAAAGUGAGUUAUGUGUGCUUUUCUCUGUUAACUUUAUGCAUAUUCAAUAUAGUUUUUUUUAAAUAUAAACUUCAUCUCCAAGAGUGAAAUGUAUAAAAUAUCAGGUAAAGAAAAUGUCACAUAAGCUUUGCCUGAAGGCCACAUGAUGUGAUCAGAAGCUUGAAAUGUAACACUUUCUUUCUCAAGUCUAGUGCUUAUUGCCUAUCUGCUCUGUGCCAACAGAUUUAUGAAGAUAAAUAAUUAUUUGCAAUAAAUAUUUUCUGCAGUCUGUUACUCUACAGAAGUGUGCUGGUUGUAAAACAAAAAACCCUUCUAUAAUAAAGUACUUUGUAUUCUGGAAAAAUCAAAUUUAUGUAGAUAUGUAAAAAAGGUUGAGACAUGUCAAGAAACUUGUUUGUUUCUUUAGUUAAAAUAAACUGAAAAUAGCCAGUU